UAAUGUAGGUAGCUCGUAAAAAUAUGUCAAAUGUCAGUUUGCCGUGAAAUACAUGACCGUUACGUUGCUAUCCGAGUGUUUUAAUCCUAAUUAAAUCCCAAACACAAUAAUUGGCGACGAGAAGUACCUAACGCGUUAUAAUUAGUGAUAAACUAGUGGAAUAAUAGUUAAAAACGAUGGCGGCGAGCGCUAACGUGAUUUAUGGCGGCAAUCUCACGUUCGACCACAACGCGCAAGAAUGGAGGAUUUUUAAGGAGCGGUUUGAAGCGAUGUGUUUUGCAAAUGAUUUGACGGAAACCACCGACAAAGCGGGCACAAAGCGGCGUUCCAUACUCCUUACGACGUUGGUGGAAGAAACUUACCGCGUUGCAAAAGAUUUGGUGUAUCCAAAAACGUUGAACACCAUUGUAUAUUCUACCCUCCUUGAAAAGCUGGAUGCUCAUUUUGAGUCACCUAGGUGUUCGUUUGCUGAACGAUAUAAAUUUUAUAAAGCGGAGCAACGGACCGGCGAAGAUCUGGGGGAGUGGGCAGCGCGAGUGCGAAGUUUGGCACAGUUCUGCGGGUUUACGACGGAGCUCGAUACAGCGCUGCGGGAUCGUUUCGUUCUCGGGCUCGAGAACGCUAAAGAACGAGAGAAGUUGUUUGCGGAGAGCGUGGACAAGCUGACCUUUAGCAAGGCGUUACAUCUGGCCCAGGCUACUCGCAGCGCCCGGCAGGGCCUGCAAGCGACCGGCUCGGCCAGGCAGACGGGGGGAGCCAGCGGCGGCGAGGUGUUCGCGGUGCGCGCGGGCGCCGCGCGGUCCCAACCAAACAACUCUAAUAAUACAAGACAAGCCUGUGCAGUAUGCGGAUACAAAAACCAUACCAAGGACAAGUGCCGUUACAUUAAUUACUCGUGUAAAAAGUGCAACACUAAAGGACACCUAAGUAGGAUGUGUAAAAUGAGUGAUAAAAAGUUUAACUUCAUUGCUGAGGAAACCGAUGACAUACAUGAAGAUCUCACAAUGUAAACAAUACGGCGGGCAGAGAAAAUGUAAUUUUAAAAGGGGUGAUAAUGUUUUAGUAAAAUCAUUUUUUAAGAAUGGUACGAAGUAUACAUGGAAAAGAGGUACGAGUACUAUUGAGAAUAAAGUGGGAUCCAGAAUGUAUAUCGUAAAUAUAACGGACUUGAAAAUAAAAGUAAAGAAACACGUCGACCAAUUGUUACAUUACAAAGGCUGUGACGACACCAACGAGUCCGAUUCCGAAAGCGACGUUCCGACAUUACAAAACGACGACGACGACGCCCAGGACGACAACGUCGAGGACGCGCAAACCGACGUACCUCUGCCUGAAGAGCAAGAAGCUGUCGAGCUGGCGGAGGGCGGCGUGUCGAAUCCCCACGAGACGUCUCCGGACACGUCUUUCGAGAGUGUCGCUUCAUCUGUCAGCUCUCCGCAGAGACAAUCAGUACAAGAGAACACAGAUACAAUAAUGUCGUCAGAUUGUCCGUUGGAGGUUAUGGAGGCGGACGACAACGGUGUUGAGCCUGACGCUCCGACUGAAGGUCAUGGCCUAGUCGACCUUGACAACAGGCGACAACGGCCAAUAAGGAGUACUAGGAAUAAGGAGAUUAAUUAUAAAAUUUAAUGGACCUUAAAAUAAAAAACGAUUGUAGUAAGUAGGUAAUUAAUGUAUUCUCUAGUGAUUAAGUACUAAAACUGUUUUUGUUUUAGAUUUUUUUUGUAACUUAUCGCUUGAAUCCUGCCAACCGAAACUGUACUAUUAUGUCUUUCAAUUGGGUUGAAAAUUGCAUAGAAUUGAAAACUUAAGACUAGUAUCAUAAUUGAUGGGGGAGGGUAUAGAAGGCGAUAGGUAUGUCCUUAUUAUUUGCUAGCUUUUUUGGCAAUAAUUUAUUAUUGCUUAUUAUUUUAUUUUAAAAUCUAAAUAAGUACAUUGUUUGGAUAAAUAUUGGUGGAGGGAUUGUAGUAUUUUGGUAAUGUAGGUAGCUCGUAAAAAUAUGUCAAAUGUCAGUUUGCCGUGAAAUACAUGACCGUUACGUUGCUAUCCGAGUGUUUUAAUCCUAAUUAAAUCCCAAACACAAUAAUGAUA